AUGGAGGAACCUGAAGAACUCACUAUUAGUAAUGGUGCACUAUCUAUGGUUGCUGCAACUGAUGAUGUAUUAUACAAUAAUGUUCAAGGCGAUUUUGUAGUUAAUGAUGUUCUAUAUAAUAGCCAAGAUGAAUUUAAUGUUAUUAACGAUUUUUUACAUGGAAUUGAUCAGGAUAAAUAUGAAAAUGGCAAUAUGAUGAACUUUGAAGAUGCUCAAUAUGAGUUAAUGGUAGUAUAUAAUGAUUGGCACCAAAUAAUUAGUAAAGGUGUCCAGGGG